UUUUUUUUUUCUAUAACCUUCACGACUUUUCCCGCUUCAAAAUGCCUCAAAUUUUCAUCUCGGCGUUGAAAGCUAUUAUUCUCGCUGGUUUUUGUUCCGCUGCUGCGCGCGCAGCCGACAUUAAUGUUACCGUCGGAGGACCUGGAGUCCUCAAAUUCAGUCCAGAUUCUGUGACCGCCAACGUCGGCGACGUUCUGCGAUUCACAUUCAUGCAGAAGAAUCACACAGCGACACAGUCCACUCUUGCUAGCCCGUGUUCACCCAUCGAAAAUGGCUUUGAUAGUGGCUUUGUACCUGUCUCCGACAACACCACCUCUGGUUUCCCCGUGGCAGAACUGACCAUCUCAGACACAAAUCCCAUCUGGGUGUACUGUCGACAAGCGAACCAUUGUCAACAGGGAAUGGUUUUUGCAGUUAAUCCAGGCGACAAGUUGGCUCAAUUCCAAGCCGCGGCCACCGGAAACACAACGGCCACUGCUUCUUCCGGAAGUUCAGCGACCUCGGCAGCCACUGGAGUUGUUACUGUUACCGCUACCAGUGUCACUGUAUCGGGUGGGCAAGUGUUAACAACUACCUCCGCGACUACAGCAGCUACUGCAUCCGUGUCAUCUUCCUCGAGCACCGAUCAUAAAGUCAUUGUCGGUGGAACUGGUGGCCUCGUGACUUAUUCGCCUGCCAACAUCACUGCAAACGUUGGCGACACCGUUACCUUUGAGUUCCACCAAAAGAACCACACGGUCACUGCUUCGAGUUUCGCCUCUCCCUGCCAGGCUCUUUCUGGGGGAUUCAAUUCUGGAUUCAUGCCCGUCACUGAUGAUGCUCAAACUUUCCCGACUUAUACGGUCCAAGUUAACGACACGAAGCCUAUCUGGGCGUAUUGCAUGCAGACCAACCACUGCGCACAGGGAAUGGUGUUUGCCGUCAAUGCGAAUGAGAGUAGUGCCAACACCUUCGAGGCUUUCAAAGCCAAGGCCAUGAGCAAUUCUACGUCUACUUCAAGCUCGAGUGGCGCUGCCUCAUCGUCGACUGGUUCGGCGUCAGGAGCUGCCGGGCUCGCGGCACGUGGCUCUGGGGCUGUGGCCAUCGUUUUCGCAAUCGCAUUGGGUUGUCUGCUAUGAACGACAUGAUGUUUAUGAUGUUUACUUUCCUUUCGUGUUGUUGUAUUUUUUAAUAUGGAUUCAUUGUAUUGAUAUUCACUACGCUUACGGACAUUUAUUUCUAAUACUGAGACUUGGUACUGUAGUCUAGCUGCUAAUAGUUCAUGUUUUUCCCGUCGUAGGACGCUUUGGCAAGGUCUCGGAUGGGCAUCCAAAGUUUUACACUCGUGCCUAAAGCAACUUUUAAUCCACAUCCGC